AAAAAAUGGACGGCGACAAAUCCAACACACUGAGAAAGUCCAGGGUCCACUCCAAUUCCAGACUCUCUGGUUUACAGAUUCCAAACACGAAAUCACCAUUUUAUCUGCUGCUGUUAAUCAGACGGAUCUUGGGUCUAAAGUGGGAAUAGUGAGUUGGGUAUUUAUUUAUUUGUAUAAACUUGGCUGUUUGAAGAACCAAUUGCUCAUUUGCUCUAAAAAAAUUAAGCUAGGUGUAGCUAUUAUUGACGCCUGUUCAGUUCAGCUGUCGUGGUUCUACUUCUACAUUGGGAUUUAGAACAAAAUCCUCGUGGCUUGUUAGUGGAUUCUCGUUUCGUAGUAUUUGUGUGAAGUGGGUGUCUGCCUGUCUGCGUGUAUGUAGGGAGAGCAUUAUUGGUUCAAGUGUCUUGAAGGGUUUAGACUUUAGAGGGGACGCCCAUAUCUUGGACUCUCUGAGCUGGGGGAGUCUGAUCAGAAAAUGGUCAGAUUACAUAUGGAAUUUCAGAUGCAUAAGGCUAAGAAGGAGCUUUCUUGAAGCUGACUAUAGUUGCUAUACCAGAAUUAUGUCCCGCAAGUUCGACAGCAUGUGGAUUGCUAAUGACAUAGCAGAUUCCUGGAAGCGUACUAAACACUUAGUUUGCAGGACACACGAAUAAGGAGUUGUUCUGCAAUUAUCUACUCUUGUCGUCUUAAUUUCCGCAAUUUACGAAACAUUCCUGUCUUGUAGCGAGGUUGAGCCUCUUUAGACUUUAAUUAAUCCAGAGAGGAUGACAGGGAUUUGGAACUCCAGGUUGAUCUGUUUAAACUUGUUAGACCGGAUGAUGUCUGAACAAUGGUGGAGAAGUGUGAUUUUUCUCAUAGUCCUAAUGUUUUGCGUUGGCACAGGUGCGUUUGUGGGGAUAAACAUUGGCAUGGAUGUCACAGAUCUGCCAUCAGCUUCAGAUGUGGUGGCAAUCCUUAAAGCCAAUCAGAUAACUCAUGUACGCCUCUAUGAUGCUGAUAAUCGCAUGCUGAAUGCCUUAGCAGGCACUGGGAUUGAAGUCAUGGUGGGGGUGGCCAAUGAGGAGGUGUUGGGGAUUGGACAAUCCCCAUCAGUUGCAGCAGCUUGGAUCAAUAAGAAUGUUGUAUCUUACUUGCCUUCCACCAAUAUCACGGCAAUAGCUGUUGGCAGUGAAGUCCUGACUUCAAUACCAAAUGCUGCUCCCAUCCUGGUUCCAGCCAUGAACUACCUUCACAAUGCUCUUGUGGCUUCUAACAUCAAUUUCCAGGUCAAAGUUUCAAGUCCCCAGUCCAUGGACAUGAUCCCUAGGCCUUUCCCCCCCUCUGAUGCCACCUUUAAUUCUACAUGGAGUUCCAUCAUGUACCAAUUUCUCCAGUUUUUGAAGAACACUGGAUCUUUUUACAUGUUAAAUGCCAACCCUUAUUAUGGUUACACCAAAGGAAAUGGUAUCUUUCCACUUGAAUUUGCACUUUUUGAGCCCCUUUCUCUAACCAAACAGAUUGUUGACCCCAACACUCUUUUCCACUAUCCCAGCAUGUUUGAGUCCAUGGUUGAUGCCACUUAUUACUCCAUCGAAGCACUCAAUUUCUCUGGUAUUCCAGUUGUUGUGACAGAAACAGGUUGGCCAUGGCUUGGGGGAGCCAAUGAAUCUGAUGCUACUGUGGAGAAUGCAGAGACCUACAACAGCAACUUGUUUCGUCGAGUGCUCAAUGAUUCUGGCUCUCCUAGCCAGCCAUCUCUACCUAUAAGGACAUACAUAUAUGAGCUAUUCAAUGAGGAUAAAAGACCAGGGCCUUUAUCUGAGAAAAACUGGGGUUUGUUCUUUACAAAUGGAACACCCAUUUAUCCUUUGAGUUUUAGUUCUUCGGAUAGACUUACAGCAAACUCUUCUGGGAUUGGGCUUUUCUGUGUGGCAAAACCAGGUGCAGAUGUCAGUUCAUUGCAGUCUGGUCUGAAUUGGGCUUGUGGCCAGGGACAGGCUAAUUGCAGUGCUAUUCAAGAGGGGCAGCCAUGUUAUGACCCUAACACUCUCCAGGAUCAUGCUUCUUAUGCUUACAAUGACUAUUUUCACAAGAUGCAGAGCAUUGGUGGGACCUGUGACUUUAGUGGUACAGCCACAACUACCGCAGUUGAUCCUAGCCAUGGCUCAUGUGUUUUUGCAGGAAGUUCUGGUUCAAAUACUACUGGGGCAAUCACACCUUCCACAGCAUUGGGACCAACUACUAGCCUCACUGGAGUGAGUUCAAUGCUUCAAGUAUCUGAGGUGGUGUUUCUGAUUCCAGCAAUACUUCUUGCUCUUUUUGGAAUUUAGGGAGCCAAGAUAUCCAAUUUUGCAAUUUGCAUAGGCUUGUGCAGUUUAAGACAGAGGCAGUGCUAUGGAGGAGGCUGCUAUGUUGUAAAGAGUUACAGAGAUGCAUUAGCUUUACAACAGCCAACCAUGGCCACAUGUUCAUUCUGUGUUUAUUGUGUUUCGACAUUGUUAUUUCAUCUCUUGGGUUGAAAUAUAUGCAUUUUGAGCAAGCUAGCAAGCCUUGCCAUUUUCUUUGCCUUUCAAAAUUGAAAAUUAAAAAUGGAAUGAAUCCUGAAGACCUAGUGAAUUUCA